AUGUUCUUCAGUUGGAGUGAUAUACACUUUCAUUUUCAUUGUUUCUGUCCUUACUCUAAUCCAAACCCAAGAGGGGAGAAAAGGAAAAGAGAAGGGGAUUCCAAAGAGAAACAAAGAAUAGAGAGUAAGAAAGAGGAAGAAGAGAAACAAAAAAGAGAAGUGAAGAAGACUACAAACAAGGUAGAGAGAAACAACAAGAAGGAAGAUCCAAAGAAGAGUGAAGAAGAAAAACAAAGAAAAGAAACAAAUAGUAGAAACAAAGAAGAUAGGAUUAACAAGAAGGAAGAUCUCAAGAAAAAAGAAACUAAUAAUAGAAACAAAGAAGAGAAGAACAAGAAGGAAGAUCCAAAGAAAAGAGAAGAAGAGAAACAAAGAAAAGAAGCAAAGAAUAGAAACAAAGAAGAGAGGAGCAACAAGAAGGAAGAUGCCAUUCCCAGGAAGAGAGAAGAAGAGAAACAAAGGAGAGACAAUAAAAAGGGAGAAAAAUGA